AUGCUUGGCGUGUUAAUUGACAUGGACAAGGACCUGUGUUUGGAUUUGGAUCCUAGAGGGCAACAUAUUGCUUGGAGACUGUUCGAUGAAGGGAGGCCUAUGGAACUGGUUUCGGAAUCAAUAAUUGAAGUAUGCAAUCUAUAUGAAGUGCUACGUUCAAUUCAUGUGGCUCUCCUCUGUGUGCAAGGAAAUCGAGUUGAUAGGCCAAGCAUGUCAUCUGUGGUUUUGAUGUUGGGUAAUGAAGAUCCAUUGCCUCAGCCUAAACAUCCAAGUUUUUUUAUCGAAAGGGAUCCUAUUGAACCAAGUUCACCGAGCCGAGAAAACCAUAUUCAUUUAACGAGUGCUCGAUUUUAG